CCACGCUCCGAAUGGGAGCUGGACCCGACCAAGAUUGCCAUCGGCCGGCGAUUAGCUGUGGGCGGAUUUGGGGAAGUGUUUCUGGCCAAGUACGAAGGCACGCUGGUUGCAGUAAAGCGGCUUCUAGCAACGGAUUCAGAUACGGCGCAGCGAUUUGUGGACGAGGUCCACAUGCUGGCGCGUCUUCGCCAUCCCAAUUUGCUCCUGUUCAUGGGUUAUACACUGACGCCAGAGCCGUCGAUCGUUACCGAGUUCAUGGCGCGCGGCAGCCUCUUCCACAUCCUGCGUCACGCGGGCAACAGGCCGCCUGAUCCUCGCAUGCAGCGGGCGGUGGCCAUGUCGGUGGCGCGCGGCAUGGCGUACCUGCACAGCCGGGCACCGCCCAUCCUGCACCUGGACUUGAAAAGUCCCAAUGUGCUGGUGGACGACCGGUGGAGGGUGAAAAUUGCGGAUUUUGGUCUGUCGCGUGUGCGCCAGCGGACGUAUGUGUCGUCCGGCGCGGCUGCUGGGUCUCCCGAGUGGAUGGCCCCGGAGGUGCUUCGCUGCGAUCAUUACGCUGAGGCCGCGGACGUGUACAGUUAUGGAGUGAUCCUCUGGGAACUGUUGACCGGACAGGCACCGUGGGCUGACUUGAACGCUAUGCAGGUGAGCAAAACCCCAUGUAGCAACGGAUGUAAGUUUUGGAAAACGUCCUUUUGA